GGGUGUGUUCUCUGUUCCCCCGCCCGUCGUCGACGCAAAAAAACAGCAAAAAUGUGGAACUACAGAGUGUUUUUCAUCGCCAUCAUCUUAUCGGCCAUCAGUGUUAACGACAUUUUAGCCUACGUCGAGGCUGUCGCCGGAUCAUUCGGAUCGGAUGUGGCCCCCAUCAAGGUGGAGCCCCAAGUGGCAGUCGUGUGCGACGUUCGCAACCCGCUUCAUCCGCAGUACAUGGAUUCGACCGGGAAGUGGGUCUCUGAUUUGGACAAUAAGAACUCGUGUCUGAAAGACAAGAUUGAAAUCCUCGACUUCUGCCGAAAGGCAUACCGUGGUCGAAACAUCACCAACAUCGUCGAAGCCCCGCGUUCAGUCAAGAUUGACAACUGGUGCAAAGUCGGCCACCGUAAAUGCAAGACCACGCAGUCGGUGAAACCCUACCGAUGUCUCGAAGGAGCAUUCCAGAGCGAGGCCCUGCUCGUGCCCGAACAGUGCGUCUUUGACCAUGUCCACAACGCUAGCCGUUGCUGGUCGUACGAUGAAUGGAACGCCACUGCCGCCAAUGCCUGUUCGACUCGCGAUCUCAAACUCCGAUCCUUCGCCAUCCUGCUCCCCUGCGGAGUCGACCUCUUCUCCGGUGUCGAAUUUGUUUGCUGCCCGAGAGCGGCCACCUUGGACGAUGUCUCUCCCGUUGCCAAAUCAUUGAAAACCGAAUCGUCCAAAGACGACAAAGACGACGACGACGACGAUGAUGAAGAUGAAGAUGACGACGAUGACGAUGAUGAUGUCGACGAUGACGAUGAUGUGGCCGCAACUCCCGUUGAAGAUAAAUUGGACGAUAAAAAGAGCAAGACUAUUGACGUCAAUGAUGAUGAUGAUGACUACGACGAGGAUGAUGAAAACGACGUCGAUAGUGCCGAAGACGAUGAUUUGACCUCUACCACAACGUCGACCACUACCACGACAACUACCACAACUACAACUCCCAAACCCAAGCCAUCUCCUACUCCUGACCCUUAUUUGACUCAUUACAACCCCAAGAAGGAGCGCGACGACUUCCUCGAUGCCGAACAGCGUCUCGAAGAAAGGCACAGAGAACGUGUCACCAAGAUCAUGAAGGAUUGGUCCGAGUUGGAGGACCGUUACCAAGACUUACAUUCCACUGAUGCCAAGGGCGCCGAAGAAUUCAAACACAAGAUGACGAACCGAUUCCAGAAAUUGGUGAAAUCGAUGGAAGAUGAAGAUGUUAUGGAGAAACGCCAGUUGUCUGCCGUUCACCAACAGCGCGUCCUUGCCGCCAUCAAUGAGAAGAAACGCGAUGCCAUGACCUGCUACACGGAUGCUUUGAACGAGAACUCGCCCAACACCCACCGAAUCCAGAAGUGCCUGGAGAAGUUGCUCCGUGCUCUACACAAAGACCGCCACCAUAGCAUCAGCCAUUUCCGUCAUUUGCUUAACAUCAACCCCAGCCAAGCGCAGCGUGAAAAGGAUGCCACCAUCCAACAUCUGAAUGACAUCGAGAGACUCACCAAUCAAAGUCUCCAGAUGCUCGAUAGGUUCCCCGACAUUCAAGCCAAGGUGGUGCCGCUGAUGAAGGAUUAUUUGCUGGCCCUGCGGUCGAAAGACGAUACCCCGUCUCCGCUCCUGAUGACCUCCCGUACUUCGGAGGAAGAUGUUCUCGAUAGCUUCAAGGCUGAAAUCGCAGCCAAACAAGCAGAAAAGGAACGCCAGCGCCAAGCCGAUAAGGCUCGCAAGGAAGACGAACGCCGUCGCGAUGAACGCAGGAAGAUGGAAUCCAAGAACAAGAAGCUCAACCAACUGGACUCUAGCGCUGAGGAGACGGCCAAGGACGAUUCGAUGGUCAAACAAGAAGCGACGACAUCCACUGCCACUCCCAAGCAACGCCAGCCAAUGGGUGACAAGAUCAAGCCUAAAAUCAUCAAGGAAGAGAUUGUCAAGAAGGACAAGAUGAAGGAGAAGAAGGCCAAGGAAGAUCUGCCUCCUUACGUCGAUGCCCAGGCUGUGCAACAUAUGCAGGAGCGACCCAAGGUGGCGCACGCACAAAACCACCAGAUUGCCCAUAACGAAGCGGGAUUCUCUGUUCGCCAUGAAUCUGGACAUCGCGAGAACCGUUCCGUUUACUUUACCCUGGCUUUCGCCGGAGUAGCUCUCUUGGCUGCUAUGGUUGUCGGCCUUGUUUUACUGAAGAGACGACAUGCUCGUUCCCCCCACCAGCAGGGUUUCAUUGAGGUGGAUCAGACUGUGACGCCAGAGGAGAGACAUGUGGCCAACAUGCAGAUCAAUGGAUACGAGAAUCCAACCUACAAAUAUUUUGAAGCCAAGGAAUGAGACAAUAAUAGACAGGAUUUUUUUUUGUCUUAAAAAAAAAAAAGAAAUUCAUAGCAAUUCCACGUCCAAAAAAAAAAAAAAAAAGAAAUCCGCUUAU